CUCCCAUUCACUUCUCCCACAUCUCACACCAAUUAACCCCCAUCACACUCACCAUUCACCAUGACCAUUUCACUCCCCCCCAACGUCCACCACCCCCAAAAUGACACCUUCACAUCCCUCCUCUCCAAACUCAGACACCGCACCCUCAAGCCCACCGAAGUCCGCUCCCUCAUCCGCAACAUGACAGCAACCAUCACCAAGACCCUCCACAUCGACGCCACCGAAACCGAAACCAUAGCCGUCAUCGUGGUCCUCCGCUCCGGCCUCUCCAUGUUCGACGGCUUCAUGGAUAAUAUCCCCGCCGACGUCAACACUGCCGUCUACCACAUGGGGAUCUUCCGCGACGAAGCUUCACUACAACCAGUCGAGUACUAUAAUAAAUUGCCCGUGAAGCCGGCGCAUAUCAAGCAGGCUUAUAUUCUCGACCCAUUGAUUGCGACGGGGGGGACGGCGGCGGCCGUUGUUGAGAUUUUGAAGGAUUGGGGUGUCGAAAAGGUUACGUUUUUGUCUAUGUUGUCGACGCCGGUCGGGUUGGGUCAUGCUGCUGCGGUGUGGCCGGAGGGGAGUCACUUCGUGGUUGGUGCGGUUGAUCCGGAGGUUGAUGCGAAGGGAUAUAUUCAGCCGGGAGUGGGCGAUAUUGGGGAUAGGUUGUAUGGGACUGCUUUUGAUUAG